UUUGUCUAUUUACUUUAUUUUAGUAAACAAAUCAGAUCACCUAUAAUAUACAAUUAAUAGUAAAUAACCUAUAUGUAUGCAUGCACUUAAUUAUCUGCAUUAAACAUUAAUAAUUAUGUAUAACAUUUCGGUCCGUGACCUUUCUACUGUGUCAUUAUUGCUCAUUAUUUUUCGUCUCAGCUUAGUAACAUCUUACACAGAUACAAACUAUUUAAAAAAUCCUAAUUAACAUAGAAGUCAAUCAGGAACAGAAUCUUCUCACAAAAGAAUAUCAAAAACCAGCUCUAAACAAAAGAUAAAAAUACCAUAUCGAUCAAAAACCAGAUUCUACGUGUCUUAUCAAGUACGUCGAUAUGGAAGAAGUAACAUUUAUCUAUCGGUCUCAAAAAUAGGUCUCCGUAUAUAAGCCGGCAAGCACGAGAACUCGCCUUUAUUUCACACUGACAAAGCAGACGUGACGCAACUCCUAUGCUAAAAUGAACAAAAAUCUCUUAAGACUAGUGAUUGUGUCGGCCAUCGGGGUUUUGAGCCAAACCUCACGGAAUGACAUCCCAGAAGACGCCACGAUGACCUUCAGUGAGCUAGCUGACAAGUACGGGCACAAAGCUGAAGAACAUGACGUCAUCUCUGAGGGCGGGUACAUCCUGACGCUGUUCCACAUCCCUGGAGACAAACAUCGGCCGGUGCUCCUCAUACAUGGCGCCAUCGACUCCGCCGACAGCUACAUCAUGAGGGGCAACACGUCACUGGCCAUCACGUUAGCAAGGGACAAGUACGACGUGUGGGUGAUGAACUACCGCGGCAACAGGUACGCGCGCCGCCACACCAGCAUGGACCCCGACUUAAACCAAGAGUACUGGGACUUCAGCCUUACAGAAAUAGGGUACUAUGACGUACCAGCUAACAUAGACUACGUUCUAAAGAACACUGGUGAAGACAAAUUAAGUGUGAUCGGAUAUUCAGAGGGAACGACAUCCAUGUACCUUCUAGGAGCCACGCGGCCCGAGUACAACGAUAAAGUGAAGAUAUUCAUAUCGCUGGCUCCAGUGUGCACCCUACAAAACACGAAGCCUUUUGCGUCAAUAAUAAUACAGCUCGCUCCGUUGAUAAACGUCGCACUGGAAUCGAUCAACAGUAACGAAUUAAUGGGACAAAACUCUACAUUACAAGCCUUGUUCACCGAUGUGUGCUCUCGGAAGUCUGGCUACGAACUGUGUCUGAUAAAUGGACUGUUUCUUGUGACUGGUGCUGAUGCUAACGAGAUAGAGCCAGAGUUCUUCCCUGUAGUCGUAGGACACUUCCCGGCUGGGACGUCGCGGAAGAAUAUGAACCAUAUAAUCCAGAUAAGCUUAAGCGGGAAGUUCAGGGACUAUGACUACGGAAUGAUGAAGAAUAUGGAGAAGUAUAAGAGGUUGACACCACCGGAAUAUGACCUGAGUAAGGUGACGAUGAAGGUUGCAUUGAUUGCAGCUAAGAACGACAAGCUAUCGACGAUCGAAGAUGUUAACUGGUUGAGGAAAAAGUUACCGAACGUGGUGGACUAUACGGUGAUGAAGAGUAGUGUGUUCAACCAUGUGGACUAUGUUUGGGGCAGGACGACGCACAAGACGUUGUUUCCACAUAUAUUCAGACUGUUGAACAAGUACAAUAAAUGAAGUGUAAUGUUGUAAGACUGCUGAAAUGUUGUGAUGUGAAUCAGUACAAAUGCUAUUGUUUACGAAAGUGAUUUAGUGUGAUAACAAACAUUGAUGUGUGUGUGAACUUGAAUGACUUAUCUCAAUGGAGAUUUGGACACUGAAUUCAGGUGGGAUAGUCACAUAUUAAGUUAUUUUUAUAAGUAGUUACCAAAUAUACAUAGGUUUAAGGUUCAAUUUACUUUGUGAUUAUCGUUUCAAGUGUUUGAUCCAAUGAGAAGCAUUGCUUUUGAACUAGAUUAGUACUGCCUUCUGUAAAUAAAGUACUACUGUUUGGACAAUAGUUAGAUAAAUUAUUUAUUAUCUUUCAUUUAUACAAACAAUGGAUUUAUCAGAUAAACUUCACUAAAGACAGACAAAGACAGAUUAUAUUAUUUAUAUUUUUGACAUGUAAGGGUGUUUUUCACCAGAGAUGUGAUAUAAGAUGGAUAACUAUGCUACGAACAUGUAAUAGCUAAUCUAUGAAACUAUUUGACCGUUUCCACUGUUACUAAGUUAUGUAGCUGCGCGAAGAUGCGCCGCACGACUAUGCGAUGUAUCGAUAGUAGGGAAGCCAUCCAUAGCACGGAUAUUUCCAUAUAAAAAACAUAGCUUAGCUGAGU